UGGGUAGAAAGGCGCAUGCGCAGCAGGAAGGGACGGAACUUUGAUUCAGACUCGUUGGGGCCGCCGGUGAACAGCUAGAUUAAAGGGGUGCAGCGCUCUGCAUUAUGGCCGUCGGCACGGGAACGUCCCUGGUCCUGUCCUCGCUGCUGUCUCUCCUGCUCUUCACCGGCAUGCAGAUGUACAGCCGGCACCUCGCCUCCAGCGAAUGGCUGACCAUCCAGGGGGGGCUGCUAGGCUCCGCCCUCUUCAUCUUCUCGCUGACAGCCUUCAACAACCUGGAAAGCUUUAUUUUCGGCAAAGGAUUCCAAGCCAAGAUCUUUCCGGAAAUUAUCGUCUGUCUCUUGCUGGCCCUGUUCGCAGCGGGAUUGAUCCACCGAGUCUGCGUCACCACCUGCUUCAUCUUCUCCCUGAUAGCCCUGUACUACAUCAACAAGAUCUCCUCCACGCUGUACCAGUACCAGUCGGCGACUCCGAUGCCCGCUCCCGCCAAGGCCGUCAGCAAAAGCAGGAAGAGGAAUUGAUGACCUGGAGGGGCGGCUGGUCCUUGCUUCUUAGACUUGGGUGGGGGACAGGAUCCCGCUCAGCACAAUCCGCU